CCGUAACUAAACGAGUAGACGCGCGGCUGGUGUGGUGUUUAUGGUGUGAGCACUUGACUCUUCCUCCCAGUCUCUCCCUCGUCCUCUGGAGAAAUGGCCGCGACAGUGAAACUCAACACCGGUGCACAUAUUCCCACAGUCGGGCUCGGCACAUGGAAGUCUGCCCCUGGUCAGGUGACAGCAGCAGUGAAAGCAGCCAUCAAAGCAGGAUACAGGCACAUCGAUGGAGCGUUCAUCUACCACAACGAGGCCGAGGUGGGAGAAGGUGUUCAGGCCAUGAUCAAGGAUGGCGUGGUGAAGAGAGAGGAUCUUUUCAUUGUUAGCAAACUGUGGUGCACUUUCCAUGAGAAGUCCGCGGUGAGGCAGGCUUGUGAGAAGACCCUCAGUGAUCUCCGACUGGAGUACGUCGACCUCUACCUCGUGCACUGGCCCAUGGGUCUCAAGCCCGGCGAUGACGAAUUUCCUCUGGACAGCGCAGGACAGCUGAUCAGUGGUAACACAGACUUACUGGAGACUUGGGAGGGGAUGGAGGAGCUGGUUGACGCUGGUUUGGUGAAAGCCAUCGGUGUCUCCAACUUCAACAAGGAGCAGAUUGAAGCCAUUCUCAACAAGCCCGGCCUCAAAUACAAGCCUGCCAACAACCAGGUGGAGUGCCACCCAUACCUGACCCAGGAGAAGCUGAUCAAAUACUGCCACUCUCAGGGCAUCUCAGUGACGGCGUACAGCCCCCUGGGCUCCCCUGACAGAGACUGGGCUUCAGCAGAUGACCCACCACUUCUGAAGAGUCCCAUCCUGAAGGCCAUUGCAGAGAAGUACAAGAAGAGCACAGCUCAGGUCCUGAUCCGCUUCCACGUCCAGAGGAACGUGAUCGCGAUCCCCAAGUCCGUCACGCCUCAGCGCAUUCAGGAGAAUUUCCAAGUGUUCGACUUUGAACUGAGCGCGGAGGAAAUGAAAACUAUAUCUGGAUUCAACAGGAACUGGAGGGCCUGUCCCAUGGAGUGGGGCUCGACCCACAAGGACUUUCCCUUCAAAGCUGAAUUCUGAAAAAAAACACGCUGGUUUUUCUCAAGGUUUGCAGUGAAAGCUGGGGUUUGCUUUCUUUUACCACCCUGAACCUUUAAAGCCACUUACACUGUCAGUGCGGACUUGUAUUAGAUUUUUAUUUCCAUGUUACAUGUUUCAGGAAAUGCAAGGUAUUUUCAGGUGCACACAUACCAAUCCAGUAUCAACAACACUCCUCAUGGCCCUAAACCUGCUCUACACUCCUCUCUCCAGAUUAUUGUUUUCAAAUCUCCAGUUGUAGCUUCCUCUUUGUUUUUCUGUCUUUUCUUACGUUUUUAUUUUUUUGUGACUUGGGCUGAGGUGUUCGUGACUGCACAAUAGAUUUCCCUAAUCGUGGAUGACAAAAGUACUUCCCCCCCCUCCCCCGUUGUCUGAGUCAUGUGGCACUUUGUAACCAUGUGUAUUGAUCUUGUUAUGAAAUAACCACUCUCACUUCCCCUGUCAGCUGUUUUUAUUUUUAAUAAAGUCCUGUGGCAGAAAAAUACAA